AUGGUACAUGUGUUGCAAAUGCUGAUGGCACAACGAAAUGUCGAUGCCUUGAAAAAUGCUUUCCUUAUGAAAAGAAAUCCGGAUUUGUCGUACAAGAAAUUUGCUGACAUUCUCGUCCUCCUAGAUGGCUCAGCUAGUGUCAAUGAUCAUGAUUUUAAAUAUUUCAAAAAUUUCGUCCGCUUACUUGUUAAGUCUUUCACGAUUUCUCAUAAUGGUGUGCAACUCGGUGUCAUAGAGUUCAGCGAUCAGCCUAGACUAAUUAUUCCUCUUAAUAAAUUUUAUGAUGAAGAUCAAAUAAACAAUGCUAUUGGUUCGAUCCAGCCCUCUCGGGGACAUUCACGAAUUGACGCAGCAUUAGAGUUUGCUCGUCGUGUUGGAUUUAGUUUGAUGAACGGAGCUCGACCCAGUGCUCAUAAAACACUUGUUCUCCUGACGGAUGGGCUGUUCCCCGGUGGUAAAUCACUUGAUGACGCAGUGACCUCGCUGAGUCGAGCCAACAUUCUUCUAUAUGUGGUUACUAUUGGUAACGAAGAGCAAACUUCUGAUGUAUCGUCAGUUAAAACAAGUGGUGGAUACGUAAAUAGAUUAGAUGAAGCUAAGAAGAUCAACACAGUUGUUCCUGGUCUUCUGAACAAGAUAAAUGAAAAUUUAAAUAAAGUGACGAAUGAAAAAACGGACAUGAUUUUCGCAUUUGGUGCUGAUGGUUCUUACUCUAUCUUCAACAUGGAAAAGAAACUCGCGAAAGAAAUCAUCGACUCGUUUGAUACCAUAGACAUAAAAUACAGUGUGAUCAAAUACGGAGAUAAUGCACAGACAGUGCUACCAUUUAGCGACGUCAGUAGUUCCUUAAUGUUAAAGCAGUUUAUUGACGCAAUGCCAUGGGAGAAACCGGGUCUAGCCAUCGAUAAAGUUAUCAAUAAAACUUUGGCUAACUUUAAAAAUAAUGGUCGCCCAAGUGCUCGUAGGGUUUUGGUGUUAUUUGUAAGUGGACGCUCAACUGUGGAUGACCACCAAUCGCUUGAUCUAAAGAGAUCCCUUGCAGAAGCUGGAGUGAAUACUGUUGUGAUUGCAAUAAAUAUUCUAGAUGAAAUGGGAAUUAAGAGGAUCAUUCCUGCAGAUAAACCAAUCAUCAAUAUCGACAUUAAUAAGAACACAAAGAAAGCUCUUCCAUCCAUCAUAAGUGACAUCUUUCAAGAUCCGUGCCGUUCUAUUGUGUGUCCUUCUUCAGCGAAAUGUGUCUACGACAGGACAGGCGCCCCCAUAUGUCGAUGUAAUGAUGAAUCCUCGUGUAUUGGCCAACAUACGACAAUAUGUGGAAGUAAUCGAAAGACAUACAAAAGUAUUUGUUUGAUGAAAGUAAUGUCCUGUAUAAAAAAUGAAGAUGUUAAAGUAAAACAUGUUGGAGCUUGUGAACCAACAGUUGCUCUGGAUGUUAUAUUUGCCCUGGAUGGGUCUGUCAAUAUUCGUAGCAAGGAUUUUGAAAAGAUGAAAGAUUUUGUAAAAGAUGUGGAGUCAUUUAUCAGUAGUUUAAACAACAUACAGCAAUCUUCAGGUCGAAGUGCAGUCACUGAUGAAGUGCUACGCAUGGCAGCUAGCGAAGCUUUCAAGUCUUUCUCCGGUGGUCGUCCAACUGCUCAAAGGAGGCUGAUCAUUAUAACUGGAAGUAAGUCAGCUGGUUCCGAACCAGUUCAAGAAGCUGUUAUACCUGUUAUACGUGAAGAUAUUCAAGUUUAUGUUAUUGGAGUGGGACCUCGGAUUAAUCGUAAAGAAAUCAUGGAAAUUGUUGCACCAAAUGAUGAUCGAAAGUAUAUUUUGGAUGCUCUUCAACUAGAAACCCUGGUUCAGCCCAUAAAAAUGAAAAUCCUAAAUGAAGCUCAACAAGGUUAUAAUUUAAAAUCUAUUUGUCAUAAUUGUACGCCUACGCGUGAUGUAAACGAUUAUUUAUUCUUGCUUUUAGCCAUGAAUAACACUAAGCUUGAUAUUGUCUUCGUUCUUGGUGCUCGCAAUCCAUUUGCAUCACGUGAUUUUGACGUCAUGAAGAAGAUCGCUCAAGAGAUGAUCAAACAACCAAGACCAAGUGGAACUCUUUAUGGCUUUGUAACCUACAGUGAUCGAGGAAUAACUAGGCUAACACCGGACAUACCGAAAGAAAUCCUCAUGAAACUUCUAGACUUGAUUCCUUGGCAAAAUGAAGGUACACGUGUGGAUAAAGGGUUGAGAAGGGUAUUGAAGUAA